UGACAGAGUAAUCUGACAUUUCGCUUUUAUUUUCACUCGCAAAACGCAAUCAAUAAAAGCGAAUAGAAAAGCGAGUUAUUAGUAAUUAGAAAAAUGUCGUUAGCUAAAAUAUUUUCUGUUUCUUCCCGAGUUCGAGCCUCUGGGGCCAGCAGCUUGGUUGUUAGGCAUGCCCAGUACAGUACGGAAGGCAAGGUGGAGAAGGUGUACCCGCCCAACAUACCAGGCUACAAAUAUGUGAAUGCUGAGGACCCUAACAUGUCCAUGAAGGAGAUGACAAACAGGGCUGCUCAAACAUUGUUCUGGACAGAACUUGCUAGAGGAUUUGCUGUUACCCUGGCUCAUAUCUUCAAGGAACCAGCAACCAUAAACUACCCCUUUGAGAAGGGACCUCUUUCCCCUCGCUUCAGAGGAGAGCAUGCCCUCAGGAGGUAUCCAUCUGGAGAGGAAAGGUGCAUUGCUUGCAAGCUUUGUGAAGCCAUCUGUCCUGCUCAGGCUAUCACAAUUGAGGCUGAAGAACGUAAGGAUGGUUCCAGAAGAACCACUCGUUACGAUAUCGACAUGACCAAGUGCAUCUACUGCGGUUUUUGCCAGGAGGCAUGUCCUGUCGACGCCAUUGUCGAGGGUCCCAACUUUGAGUUCUCGACAGAGACUCACGAGGAACUGUUGUACAACAAGGAGAAACUUCUAUCAAAUGGUGACAAAUGGGAGAGUGAAAUCGCAACCAACAUUAGGGCCGAUCACCUUUACCGUUGAGCAAACAACUUUUUCCGUUAGUGUAAAUAGCACAUCCCAGGCCUAUUUUGAAAUUAAGUAAAAUAUCAAUAAACAGUACACAAAGUAUAUGCAAUAAAUAGAACAAAACCGUGCUUCAAUGUACAAAAUAGGCCUAGGAAUUAGGAAUAUUAAAUUAUAUUGUUUUUAUGAUAAUUAAAACAUCAUCUCAG